AUGGAGUCAGAGAAUAAAAAUAUUUCAUCGGAUUCUUGGUCUGAACGGAUGUUAAAAGUUGUACAAUGGUGUAAUUCAUACGAUUUGCCAGGGUCACCAAAAGCAGUCUGUAAAGCAUUUGUGAUAGAUGGAAAGCAAGUGGGAAUUUUGCUACCUGAUGUCAUAGAACAAUUGAAAAAAUAUCCUGAUGUUUUUCAUAUGGUAACCAAUAGCAACAAUCAAGUAGAGAAAAUCUGUCUUGCAUCACAACUUAAAACUUAUGAAGAACGAACUGAAAAAGUGAACAAAGUACUUGAAGAAUUUCGAGAUCAGAAUUUGUUUCCUGUAGCACUCAAAGGUUGGCGUCAUGAAAAUUAUUUUGUUCGUACAUCCUUUCAAGAACAACCUUUGAUGGAAAUGGAACGAGCUGCAACGUCACUUUUUGGUACCAUCCAGUAUGGUGUUCACAUCAAUGGAUACUGCGUUGAUCCUGAUAAAGGCAUGUGUAUGUGGUUGGCAAGAAGAUCUCAAACUAAACAAACCUAUCCAGGAAUGCUGGAUAAUGUGGCAUAUACACAACUGCCGGUAGUGACAUACUGUGUGACUUUAAAAAGGCGAGACAAGAAUCUUGGAUUUGAUGCUCUAUGUUGA